GAGAAAUUUAAUUUCUUACAUGAAAAUCGAAAAAUUUAAAUCCAGUGAAUGUCGAGCGAAAAGAGGGGCAUUGCAGCUUGCGGAAAACCUCGGCUUCUAGGUUUGAGUUCGUUCAGCUCCGUUUCCUGUUUGCUUGCCCGCCGGCAUUUCGCGAUUGCUUCGCCGGAGGAACAUAUCCGCUCAGGGUGUAUAGUUCAGGCGGGCUCUUUCAUUAUGACUUCCAUGUGUGCUUUAGUGGUAGAGCCUGACUGAAUGGGUGGUUGGGAAGAAGGGAGGUUGUGUGAAGUAAUUCAUAGUUGUGUACGCAUGAUGAUGUAUGAAGAUAUUGAUUGUCUGGCAGGAGGUGUAGUAGUUCUUAACUAAGGGUUUGUGGUGCUGAGUGCAGGGAGGUUGAUGAUAUCUUAUUGACCUUUAGGGUGGAGUGCUGAUGAAAAUUUUAUGCUGUUUGGCGUUUGCUCAUGGGGUUUGGUGUUUUUGUUGUUUUGGAGGGGAAAGUAAGGGAUGUGGCUUUGAGCUCUUGAUGGAUGAUCACGGGUAAUGUGGUUGUGAUGUGGACAGGGUGGAGGCGGAAGCUGUUGUGGGUUGGUGGUGUAUGUGGUAGUUGAUAAGAAGGGGGAAUUCGAACAUGAGUUCUGACAGCAGGAGCCCGAUCAGAAGCAGGAGUAGAAGCAGGAGCCCAAUAGACCGCAAGAUCCGAUCGGACCGCUUUUCAUAUCGUGGUGCCGGUGCACCUUACCGACGAGAGGCCCGACGGGGUUCAAGUCAGGGAAACCUAUGCAAGAACUGCAAACGGCCAGGCCAUUUUGCUAGGGAAUGCCCAAAUGUUGCCAUCUGUCACAACUGUGGUCUUCCAGGGCACCUUGCGUCGGAGUGCACCACAAAAUCACUGUGCUGGAACUGCAGAGAAUCAGGUCACAUGGCUAGCAACUGCCCGAACGAGGGAAUCUGCCACACGUGCGGCAAGGCUGGGCAUCGUGCUAGAGACUGCACAGCUCCUCAACUGCCACCGGGCGACCUGAGACUGUGCAACAACUGCUACAAGCAAGGCCACAUUGCUGCAGAUUGUACGAAUGACAAAGCGUGCAACAACUGCAGGAAAACAGGCCACCUGGCACGCGAGUGUCCCAACGAGCCUGUCUGCAAUACGUGCAAUGUCUCGGGACACGUGGCCAGGCAGUGCCCGAAAGCCACCGCUGGUGUAGGUGACCACCGCGGCGGUGGUAUGAGAGGGGGCAGUUUUCACGACGUGAUGUGCAGGAACUGCCACCAGUAUGGACACAUGAGCAGGGACUGCAUGGGCCCGCUGAUGAUCUGUCACAACUGUGGCGGACGUGGUCAUCGUGCCAUCGAGUGUCCUUCCGGAAGGAUGGUCGACCGCUAUCCUCCGAGGAGUAGGUAUUACUGAAUUUGUACGCCGGUCUGGCGCCGAGUUUCACUGCUGGAACUUACUUUGCUGAGUAGUGGAUCUAUCUAUUUGAUUAUUGAACUUCAAAUGUAGCGUGAAAUCAGUUUUGUGAUUCCGGAUCAUAGGGCGUUGAGCAGCUUUCUAGGGCUUGUUGUUUGAAAUAAAGGAUCUGAUUCUGUAGCUUGAUCGUGUUGUGUACUUUGAUUGUUUCGAUUGAUACAGUUCGCAGUUUGUAAGUCUGGAUUUUGGACCGACAAUGUUGGUAUGACUGUGGUUUUUUAUCUUUUAUCUCUAGGGCACAGGCGUCAGCAUGCCUGCUUGCUUUCUUCGUCUUCAACAACAUUUUUAUGAUGAAGUUGAACUCCU